AUUCAAGCAUAUGAAUCAAAUACAUCAUCUCUUUCACAAGACAUAUCAACUCAAGAUUCUCUAGCUCACGCACUAGGAAGUCAAGAACAUUGUGGGCGUGUUCGAGGAAUGGGAUUGGGACCUUGCCCCUCUCGCGUAUUUGGGUACACUAGGCAUUCAUAUAGUGGGGUGUCUUCAUCUUCUCCUUCUUACAGAGAAUUGCAAAAUCAGGUGACUGCGUUGAAAUCACAAUUGGAUGAACAAAAUAGAACAUUGAUCGAACAAAAUAAAAAAUUUGAAGAACGAGAUAAAAGAUUUGAGGCAAUGAUGAACUUUUUUGCUCAAAACUAUCAAGGCCAAUUACCUUUUGACUCGUCUAUGUUCAAUAAUUCACCGGUUUCUGAUCAAGGAAGUGUGCCAACAAAUGAAACAAAUUUUCAACAUGAAGUGGGGCGUGGGUGAUAGCUUAAAAGCACAUUAAUUAAUUUGUAGUUGAUUUGUGCUUCAUUUUUAGAAGAUAAAAACUUCGUGCUAGUUUAUUUUGAGUAAUAUAUAUGUUGUUUCAACUUUUCUUCUUUUAGGAGUGACUUCAUGAGA